CAGGGAGCCGAUCAGACCCCAAUCAUUCAGUACUACGCGUAACAAUAGAUCGAUCGAAACCCAAAGCAGGCAACACGUCCGGCUUAUAAAAGCGCGAUUGCCUGACAAUUGGCUAAUCAAAGUGCUGACAGAUUUCAAAGCGUUCGGGCUAAGUUUUGAGCUCCAAGUGGUCAAGGAUAUAAAAACAUGUUGACUUGGACAUUAUGGUGUGGAUUAUUGUUCCUGCUGUGGUUUUAUUUCCUGUGGAGCCGUCGAAGGUUUUAUCUUCUCACCCUUCAGAUACCGGGGCCACUUGGUUAUCCGCUUUUGGGCAUGGCUCAUUGGCUGUGGCACAGAGAAGAUAUCCUUAAUGCUUUUGGCUACUAUCUGGACAAACAUGGUCCCACGAUUUUCUCCUGGCUGGGGCCUAUUCCCUUUAUGAUUGUAAGUGAUCCCCAGGUGGCACAGGACAUCCUCACGUCACCCCACUGCAUCAACAAAGGCAUUAUCUACAAGGCAGUGGACGACGGAGCAGGCACUGGACUCUUUAGCCUAACAGAUCCCCGUUGGAGCAUUCACCGCAAGCUGCUGAAUCCCGCCUUUGGCCACAAGGUUCUCCUCAGUUUUUUGCCUAUUUUCAAUAAGGAGACUACCCUUCUGUUGGAUAAGUUGAAACCGCUUCAAGAUGAUGGUGAGAAGAAUCUGAUACCCCUGCUGCAAAGUUUCACCCUGGGAAUAGCCACUCAAACUACAAUGGGCAGCGAUGUGAAGAGCGAGGAAAACUUCAGGAGCCACUCCCUACUGGAGCGGUAUCAGUGUGUUCUAGAAACCAUGACAGAUAUGUGCUUCUCGCCGUGGCUCAAUAGCCGCUGGAUCCGUCAGCUGGCUGGAAAGGAGUCUCAUUACUACCAGGCCAAGACCGAAAUUCGUCAGUUUAUCAGAAAGCUUAUUGAGAAAAAGCUAAACGAGGACGAGGAGAGGGAGGAAGCUCCAUUGCCGGUUAUCCAAUCUAAUGACCAGAAGAAUAUAUUCCUUAAUCUCGCCACCGACUUGCUUAAAAGGGGAGUUUUCAGUUGGAAAAACGUGGAGGAUGAAUCGAACAUAAUUGUUUUUGGAGCCUUCGAGACUACGGCUAAUACCGUUUACUAUACUUUAAUGCUUCUUGCCAUGUUUCCGGAAUACCAGGAGAAGGCCUUCGAUGAGAUAAAAAGCCUCUUCCCCAAAACAGACGAUUUUGAGGUUACCUAUGCGGAUACUCAGCAAAUGGUUUACCUCGAUCUGAUUCUAAACGAGUCGAUGAGAGUUGUGCCCCCGGUUCCGGUCGUAUCUCGCCAAACCUCACAGGACCUUAAGUUAUCCAACGGAAUAGUGAUACCCCAGGGUGUUCAGAUUGCCAUCGACAUGUUUCACAUGCAUCGCAGUAAACAGAUAUGGGGUGAGGAUGCAGAGACCUUCAAUCCUGAUCACUUUCUUCCACACAAUAUCCAGGAUAAGCAUCCUUACGCUUACAUUCCCUUUACCAAGGGUAUCAGGAAUUGUAUUGGCUGGAGAUAUGCUUUGAUAUCCGCCAAGGUUACUUUGGCUAAGCUAUUAAGGAAUUACAGGUUUAAGACAAGCUUUCCGUUCAAGGACCUUUACUUUGUGGAAGAUAUAACCAUGAAGUUAAAAACUGUCCCACUACUGGAGCUAGAAACGAGAAAAUAAAUUGUUGUUUUUUUUGCUGAAUUGUAAAAGUAG